AGGACAGCAAAUACUUCAAAUAAAAGAAUAGCAAAAACGAAGCUUGUAAUAGUAGGUGCAGGCAUUGCAGGAUUAGCAGCUGCGAAAACAUUAGAGGAUGCAAAUUUCAAAGAUUAUUUAUUAAUCGAAGCCCAAAGCGAAGUCGGUGGUCGAAUUCAGUCUAUACCAUGGAAUAAAGGUUGGAUAGAAUGUGGUGCACAAUUUGUACACGGUGAUAAAAGUCAAUUAGCACAAUUAUGUUAUAAACAUGAUUUGCUCUCAGACGUACAAUGCAAAGAUGGUCAAGGAAUUUUUAUUCGCGACAAUGGUUGUAAAGUAGAUGAAACUUUGAUAGAAGAGAUAGACGAUCUUAUUCGUAAUACAUUGGAAGAUUGCGAAGAUUAUGAAAAUAAGGAUAUCAAAAUAGAGUAUGAAAAUAUUGGUGAAGUUUUAAGGAAUUCUCUCAAUAAACAUUUACUUCAAAAAAAUGAUUCAGUAGCAAUAAAAACCAUAAAAAAAGAAAUUUUCGAUUGGAAUGUUAGAUUCCUCGUAAUAGAUAAUGCAUGUUUCACGAUUGAUGAAUUAUCUACAAAAUAUUGGGGAAAAUUUAAGUUUGUUGGUGGUCCAGAACAUCUUUCGUUUAAAUCCUGAUAUAAGGAUUUAAUCCAACUCAUUACUGAUGAUUUGGAAAAAAAAAAUUUAUAUCUAAAUACUUCUAUAGAUUCAAUCGAAUGGCAAAAAAUAAUAAAUAAUAAUUUCGAUUCUCCACUUGUAUUAAAUGCUUCUAAUAAUACCCGCAUUCUUGCGGAUUGUGCAAUAAUUACUUGUUCUCUUGGUUAUUUAAAAGAGAAUUAUAAAACAAUGUUCAUUCCGUCUUUACCAUCUCACUUCAGUGAAGGAAUUGAAUGUUUAGGUUUCGGUUUAAUAAUAAAAUUUUUCUCGAUUAUGGUAUUUCUUGGUGGAAACCUAACACGAAAGGAUUUCAAUUACUUUGGAAAGAAGGAAUGUUUUGCAAUAAAAAUCUAGCUGUAUGGACUAGAGAUCUCACAGGAUUUGAUGUUGUGCCGAAUCACGAAGGUAUACUUCUUGGUUGGGUCGGAGGACGUGGAGCUUGCAUUAUUGAAACUUUAAGCGAGCAGCAAAUUGCAAUGGAUUGUGAAAAUUUACUUAAAUAUUAUUUAAAAUUUGAUAAAAUACCUUCAAUAAAAAAAUGCUUCAAAACACAAUGGGGUACAAACAAAUACAUUCGAGGUAGUUAUAGUCAUAUUACAACAAAAUGUGACAAGAAUAAUAUUACGCCAAAUCGUUUAUCAGAACCAAUAUGGAGUAAAGUAAUAGAAAAACAUAACAGCAAAGAUAUACCCAUCAUUUUGUUUGCUGGUGAAGCAACGCACGAAAAUUUUUAUUCUACGACACAUGGCGCUUAUGAUACUGGCGUGAAACAAGCACAAAUUUUUCUACAACAUCACAUUCCUACGAAUUAAUUAUUAACAUGCGUGAUAGCGUGAAUGUAGAUAGAACUAUAAAUAUAUAAAUAUAUAU